GUGUAUAUAAAUGAGAGAGCAUGAAGGCAUGAAAUGAUAAGCAUCUGCACCAUAAGCAUCCAUAGUUCCCCUUUUCAUUAGCCACCUUCGAACACUAUCAUUACAUUGUCUGCCCUUUCCCUCCCACCCACCCACCCACAUAUUACCUCUUUUCCUUUGUUUCUCGCCAUUACAUACACAGAUACAUACAUCUCUCUCUCUUUCACAGUAUCAUCUUGAAGAUAGAUAUGAAACACGAACACCUCCAUGCCACUACUGUCGCCGCCUUGCCCAGAGCCAGCAGCUGCAAGAGCUCCAAGAAGAUAAUUCCCGCUAAUCAUUACCAGCGAUCCACGUCUGUGUAUCAUGAUACCUCGGAGGAGUUCUUCGACAGAUCGUUGAUCCGGAAAGGCGGCGCCGGGAGCCCGCCGGUGGAGUUUCAGCGGCUCGGCAAGACCAGGAGCGGCGUCUCCGCGCUUCUCCGGUCGCUUCUGAGUAUUAUAUCGUUUCCGACGAUCCUCCCGACGUGUAGAUGGCUUCACAUACCGACGCAGUUGUCCUUAACGGCGCCGGCGCUCGGCCGGAAGGUUACCGGGACGCUGUUCGGGCACCGGAGAGGCCACGUCAGCUUCGCGGUCCAGGACGAUCCCCGGUCCGAACCGGCGGUUCUGAUCGAGCUGGCCGUUUCCACGUCGGCCUUGGUGAAGGAGAUGUCGUCCGGGCUAGUCAGGAUCGCGCUUGAGUGCGAGAAAACCGCUCCGCCGCCGUCUUCCCGCGGCGGCGGCGGAGGCCGGCACGUGAAGCUCUUCCAAGAGCCGGUGUGGACCAUGUACUGCAACGGCCGGAAGUGCGGGUACGCGCAGUCGCGGUCGUGCUCGCCCUCGGAUUGGCACGUGCUGAGCACCGUGCAGAGCGUGUCCGUCGGGGCCGGAGUGAUUCCCGUGGUGGAGGACGCCGAGAAAAACGGCGGCGCGUCGGAAGGGGAAUUGCUGUAUAUGAGGGCCCGGUUUGAACGAGUUGUGGGGAGCCGUGACUCGGAAGCGUUUUACAUGAUGAACCCGGACGGCAACGGCGGGCCGGAACUCAGUAUAUUUUUACUCAGGAUAUGAUGAUCAAUAAUACCAAAAAAAAAAAGGAAAAAAAAAUAUUUUCUUAAACCUUGUUUAAUCAGUCCUCGUAUGUUGAUGACGAAGAUGAUUAUUGGUAGUGAUUUUCUGUUUGUGUAUGAUAAAGAAAGAUAUUUUAUAUUUUCUGUAAUUUUUAUUUUAUAUAUAUAGUUUUGUUGCAUGGAUUUUAUGCA